UGCCCUCCAACCUCAAGCCCACGCAUUGUACCACCUAGGUCCAUCCCGAACCACUGCACAGCUCUUCCAGAACACCAAAGCAUCUGUCACUCUACUAUGCAAUGAUGCUUUGCAAUUGUCUUCUCUUGUGGAGAAAGAGCUUACUGAACAUGGCUCUGGUUUGCCUGAAAUAUUAAAAGAACUGGGGGAGGUCGCUGAGGACCAGGGUGACCCUGAGGCUGACCAGUUGACAAGCUAAUGUGAGGCCGAGCCGGCGCUGAGGAGAGCAGGGCAGCAAUGCUGAACAAGUUCCUGGGGCCACGCUACAAGGAGCUGGUCAAGUACUGGCUUCCCACAGCAGGCACAUGGGGUGCUGUUGGUGCCGUGGGGCUGGUUUGGGCCACUGACUGGCGUCUGAUUCUGGAUUGGGUACCAUACAGUGAUGGCAAAUUUAAGAAGGACAAUUAAGCUAUCUUGUCAAUCUUAGGGUCUAGGGAUGGAAGACUUUUUGGGGACUGCUCUUCUCGGGAAAUCCUGAUCGGACACAAAUGUGAAAUGCUCAGAAUGGACUCCCAGGACCUUGAUGUCUUUCAAUGAGAAACUUUGAUGUAUACUUGUAUCGGGAUAAUUAAACCUCCCUCUGAAACAAAAAAAAAAAAAGAAAAGAACUGGGGGAGGCCUGGGCACAUUGAGAAGGUGUAAUGUGGAGA